AUGCGGCCCGUGAACGACAAACGGGUCACCCAAAUUUUUGUGGAGACAGUUCCUGCUCCCAGAAAAUCCGCCGCUGAUGCUGAAGCUGUGGUGCCAUCACCGCCUGAGCUCAACGCUAAACGCUGGGGAGAGACCUCAUCCAACGGGCGCCUGGUCAAAAAAUCCGCGGCUCCAUCUUCCGUAGAGCCUGGCGGUAAGACUCUACGGGGCUUUCCACGAGUCUUGGCUCUUCCGAAAAUUAGUGAGUCAGGAGACAGUGCCGGUUCAGAUCUAGUUAUACGACAGGAGCCUCCCUGGAAGACUUUCGAGAAAUGCUACGAAUGCGAUCUGGCUGGCACCGUUGCUGUAUGCGUCCCACGCUCUGGUCGCCGUUCCGUCUGGGCGAUCCGCCGGUAUCCUAGCAAGGAUGCCAACAGAAUACUGAAGAUUCUCCGUUCGACGCACCACAAAAAUGUGAUUGCUGUUUCGGAAUGUUUCCACCCCUCUGAGGCCUUCUAUACUCUCAGCAACUUCCACCCUCUCACCCUAGAUCAUAUUGUCGCAUGCAAAGCCUUCCCAAACCAGCAGCAGCUCGCCGCCAUUAUGUCUCAGAAAUACGUCAAGGAUGAUGGAGCGGUCGGAAUCGACAAUCUCAAACGCUGGGCGGCUUGCCCAGCUGCUCUUGAAUUCCUCUCUGCGACGACGUCAGCUGUCUCUUUUGAGGAACUAAAACGGGUUCGUAUUCAGCCUCUUUGGUUUUGGAAGCUGCUCAUUAGUUCGCAGCAGCGCCUCUUGAUUGAAAUCCGUUGGUCAACUGACGACCUGAUCGGCCUCGCUUGGUUUGCACUGAUCUCGGCUCGCACAUUCUACUCGUACACACCACCAUCGGAGGAUGUUGAAAAGGGCACGAAUGCUGCCACCAUUUCUUCAAAGGACAGACUGUUAAAGUAG